CCUCCGAUCCGAUCUCUUCUUCUCUCCCCCCCCAACCCUAGCCCUGCCCCUCCACGACCGACGCUUGGUGGUGCCAGUCGCCGCGAACUCCGCUGGAAUCUUUCCCCAUUUCUCCAUCGAACGAUCCAGAGGCUGGUGACGAGGAGGAGAUGAGCACCAAGGGAAACUGGUCGCCGCCUUCGGUGAGCGGGAGGCUGGUCACGCUCGGGCUGGUGGCGUCGUGGUACUCGUCCAACAUUGGGGUGCUCCUGCUCAACAAGUACCUCCUCAGCAACUACGGGUUCAAGUACCCGAUCUUCCUCACCAUGUGCCAUAUGACCGCCUGCUCGCUGCUCAGCUACGUGGCCAUUGCCUGGCUGCGGGUGGUGCCGAUGCAGACCGUGCGCUCGCGGCUGCAGUUCGUCAAGAUCGCUGCGCUUAGCGUCGUCUUUUGCGGCUCGGUGGUCAGCGGGAACGUCUCGCUUAGGUAUCUGCCCGUCUCGUUCAACCAGGCGGUGGGGGCGACCACGCCCUUCUUCACAGCGGUGUUCGCCUACAUCAUUACUGUAAAACGGGAAGCCUGGCUCACUUACGUCACCCUCAUCCCGGUGGUCGCCGGCGUCGUUAUUGCCAGUGGGGGAGAGCCAAGUUUCCAACUGUUUGGUUUUAUCAUGUGUAUAAGUGCAACUGCUGCAAGGGCACUUAAGUCAGUAUUGCAAGGAAUACUGUUGUCUUCAGAGGGGGAAAAGCUAAAUUCAAUGAAUCUGCUCCUACACAUGGCUCCGAUAGCAGUUGUUUUCUUACUUCCUGCUACAUUAGUUAUGGAGAAAAAUGUGGUCAGCAUCACAUUGGCACUUGCUCGAGAAGAUAACAAGAUUAUAUAUUACCUAUUGUUUAAUUCUGCUCUUGCCUAUUUUGUGAAUUUGACCAACUUUUUGGUGACUAAGCACACUAGCGCUUUGACACUCCAGGUUCUUGGAAAUGCCAAAGGUGCCGUUGCAGUGGUUGUCUCAAUUCUAAUAUUUAAGAACCCUGUGACAGUGACCGGGAUGCUUGGCUACACCGUCACAGUAAUUGGAGUUAUUCUCUACAGUGAAGCAAAGAAACGUAACAAGUGAUUGUCCUCAGAAACAACCAUCAGUGGUUGCAGCGGCAUUGGAUUAACUGAAGCUGGAGUUUGGUUAGCUCAUGCACGCCACUCAUGCAUCCUGUCUGCACCUGAUUCUUUUGUCUGAAGCCUGAAACAUUCCCAUCUUAACACUGAAGACCAGUUAGCAAAUAGGGAUAGAAAGUGCCAACAACUAAUUGGCCUCAUUUAUUUUGGGAGUUGCAUUCUUUUCUAAAUCAUUUUGAUGGAGGUUCCAACGAACAGAACUCUUUGCGAGAGGAUCAUAUUCCAUUUUACUCGUGUACUUUAAUGAGUUACAUUCUUUACGAUUACUAACAGUUCACUUCUAAGAGGAUCAUAGGCGUAUUUUUUUUGUUAAUUGAUGUAUCGUUUAACAUCUUU